UAUCAUGACCUACGACUGUGGGGAUGUCCACAAAGACAAGAUGCUAUAUCAUGCGUUCAGGACAGUUAUCAACAAUGCAAUUUGUAUGGAACGGAAAAAUGUUCUAAAUACGUCCAAACCGAGCCUGUGCUUUUUAAUAACCAUAGAAAAUUUGUUCCUGAAAAACUGUUUCCAUUUAACAACGAAUAUUUAGUAGAUGGUCCCAAUAGAAGGGUUAAUAACUUGACUUAUGAUCUAGUACAUGGUGAAGAUAAGCCGGAUUUAGAUAAUCAUCGGUGGAAACACGAAGGAAGCUUAGAUAGAGACUUUUACGAGCUGAAGAAAUCAAGACUAGAAGCUCUUAUGAAACGCGUUGAUUACGAUACAAGUCGUGAAUAUUUUCUGUCGUCUUUGUCGCCAGCAAAUGGAAUAAUUAUUAAUUUAGUACUUGGAAAAUUAAAAGUAAACGAGCUGUUUAAAAACAAUGAUUUGUUGGAUCAAAUUAAACUCGACGUCAAAAAUGUAGUAAAUAAAAGACUGGAAGAUUAUUUUUCAGGCAAAGAUAAUGUUUUGACUCGGGAAAAGAACUUUGUCAACACUUCGAGCUUAAAUGAAAAAUAUGAUUCCACUAAUGAAACAACAGCUGCCAAUAAUGAGGUUGCAGAAAAAAAACACCUCGAAAACAAUGUUACUGUUAUUUCAAAACUAAAAAAAACUUUGCGGUUUAAAAAACCUUUGUCGUCUGAAGCUAACGCAGAAGUCCCGGCGAGAACUUUGAAAAAAACGAACUUUAUACAAGAAAUAAACAACUUUAUAGUAGGUAUCUUACAAACGACAUUAGGUUCCAAUUUACAGUACCAAAUACAACCGAAUAUAACUAACUGGGUGUGGAUUUUAUUAAGUCACAGUUGA